UAGAGAAAGGACUCCUUCAGCGGGAUUCAGGAGCCUGCUCCGGGCCGGGUCGCUGUCAGCAUGCGGAGCUGAGCAGGGAUGGAGGCGCGGAACUGCGGAGUCCGACACAUGAACACUCUGAGUCUGCUGCUGGUGUGCGUGUGCCCGCUGUGCUGCAGGGGCAGCUGGAUGUGGCUCGGUGUGACGUCACCGGGGGUGGUGGAGAAGCUGGGGUGUUCCAACCUGUCUCUGAGCCCCCGGCAGCGCGAGCUGUGCAGCAGGAAGUCCAUCCUGCUGCCGGGAGUCCGGGAGGGCGCGCGCCUCGGGGUGGCCGAGUGUCAGAGACAGUUCAGGCACGAGCGCUGGAACUGUUCCACCAAUCAGAAGGUGCCCGUGUUCGGGCACGAGCUCACGAGCGGAACCAAAGAGACAGCGUUCAUCUAUGCGGUGAUGGCAGCAGGGCUCGUCCAUGCCGUCACGCGCUCCUGCAGCCAGGGCAAUAUGACGGAGUGCGGCUGCGAUGCUCGGCUGCGGGGCGGCGGCUCAGCAGCAGAGGGCUGGCACUGGGGCGGCUGCUCAGAUCACAUCCAGUACGGGACGUGGUUCAGCCGCAAGUUCAUGGACCACACAUUGAAGAACAUGUCGACGAGCCGCAGCAGCUACACGCUGAGCACCAUGAACCAGCACAACAGCGAGGCCGGGCGACAGGCGAUCAACAGGACGAUGUCCACAGACUGUCGUUGUCACGGUGUUUCUGGCUCCUGCGCGGUGAAGACAUGCUGGAGGACGAUGGCGCCGUUUCAGCGGGUCGGGACGUAUCUGAAGGACAGAUACGAGCACAGCAUGCAGGUGACGGAGCGAUCCAAGAGGAAGAUGAAGUGGAAGGACCAGCGGCGUCUCCAUGUGGACAAACACCAGCUCAUCUUCCUCAACAAGUCUCCAAACUACUGUCUGGAGGACAGGCGGCGGGGCAUCGCGGGCACCAGAGGGCGCCGGUGCAACCGGACAUCCACGGGGCCGGACAGCUGUAACCUGCUGUGCUGCGGCAGAGGAUACAACACACACGUGGUCAGACACGUCCAGCGCUGCGAGUGCAAGUUUGUGUGGUGCUGCUACGUCCAUUGCAGGCGCUGCGAGAGCAUGAACGACAUGCACACCUGUAAGUAACACACCUGGAAACAGAAACACAUGGAACACGUAGCUCACCUUCAUUCACCACAGCAUGAUACCUGGUAAUAGAAGAACACCUGGAAUAAAAGAAGGAUUUGUGGGAAGAGACAAAUUGGACAUCUGGAUCUGAAAGAGUGUAAACAUAAGAAGGACUGAACCUCUCAGGUGAAGACAGAUCCUCCUUGGACCAAUCUGAGGUCAGCAGUACUUGGUACAUUUACAGCAGCACAUGGCACAGCUUCACCUUCUCUCUUGAUAACAUCACCAUUAGAGUAAACCUGCAGAAGAGUCACAGAAGAAAUGGGUGAGCAGCUGCCUGAGGGCCGAGCAGUGAAGGUGAAGCCUUAAGUUUACCUGUCGAUGUGGCGAGGAGCUCAGAGCGGAGCUGCUGCUCCAUGUGGAAAGAUCCAGGUGAGCCACGUGACAGCCUCCUGCAUGCCUCCUGUGUGAGCUG